CUCAAUAUUCUGCCUUGACGUUAAAUUGUAUUUACAUCUUUUUUUUUUUUUUUUUUUUAUACCCCCGCCGUGUCCCCAAUGGUUCCCUCCGGUGAUGGCAGCAGCAUGGUGAAGAAGGAUUCAACGUGGAAAAACAAUAACAACGUCUAACUUCUUUGUAUGUACGGUUAUAUGUUUCAACAGCCACCCUGAGCUGGAGGUUUGCUGACCUUUUAAUCGGAUAAGUUGAGGAAAACCGACCAAGAUCGUGUGUCAAGAUGGUGAGCCAACAAUUUUAACGUAUGCUAACCUUGUGAGCUAACAUGGGCUAACUUCAGUGCAGUCUUUUCACCAGUUUCUCUCUGUAUUUAUGGAAAUCAUGAACAUAUCUUUAUGUCAGUUUCAAUCAAAGUUAUAUGAUUAUUGUAAUUAACUCAAAGGUAUAGUUAAAAGUGAUUUUUGUCCCUUACUCUCCUCCAUUUUCACCUCUUGGAUCUGCUUUUUACUUCACAGCAGUUACAGUGGUACUUCACUCUAUGGCAAGGAUAAUUAAAGAUAAUGUAUUAGUGUAAUAAUCUUAUGAAUACAACGGAGUAUAAGGGCCACAUUAAGAAAUACAAACACAUUUUUAAAACUUUGAGAUUACUUAUGAGACUAAAGUCAUUAUUCAUGAGAAUAAAGUAAUUACUAACGAGAAUAAAGUUAUUAUUAUUUUAUGUAAAGUUACCUGUUGUGGAGGAGAGUUGUUAAAAUGAGGGCUGUGGGACAUCUAGAUGAAUUGUACUUCAAUAUAGGUUUCACAAACAAGGAGAUACUUAAUCCUUUGGUACAUCAGCAUUACAUUGUCCUGAGCAUCAGAACUUAUGUAUAUAUGUAAGUAUAGAUGAGAAAUGCAUCUUUUCCACAGGAAAAAAACAGGUGGACUUUGAGGGAAUCACUGCUUUUAUGGAGGGGAAAAUGGCUGAAUAGAGGCUAAAUCCGUCAAUACAGCUGUUAAUAGCAAUAGCAUAGGGCAGGGGUGUCAAACUUAACCACAGCAAGGGCCAUAAUCUGGAUUUAGAUAACAUGGCACCCCAAACCAUCACAGACUGUGAAGGCGUCACACUAGACCACAAGCACAGUGGAUUCUGGGUCUCUCUGUAAUGAGAUGCGUGAUCAUUUGAUGGCAGUGUUUGUCUGUUUCAGCCUCAUCGAAAGAAGAAAUCAUUCAUAGAGAAGAAGAAGGCCGUGACCUUUCACCUCGUCCACAGAAGUCAGAGAGACCCUCUGGCUGCAGAUGAGAAAGCCCCUCAGCAUGUCCUCCUGCCUGCUGCUAAGGUACAAAGUCACUGUCCUCAAGGAUUUAGUUUGCUUUUCAUAAUACUUAUAUUAAAGGUAUUUAAAGGAUCCCAUGGAGUGUAAGAAAUGUCUUGAGUCCUCUUUUGUCUCUGUCAUAUCUAAAACCUUGGUAAACUCACCUUGCAGCCCCUUUAGCUUAACCCAGCUGUAGAUUUAUGACCCUGUAAUGAGCUUGAUUCUGUUCUUAAUGCUCCUCAGGUGGAUACAGAGAAGAGACGGGCCGAGCAGAGGGAGUACGGCGUCUUCUUUGAUGAUGACUACGAUUACCUGCAGCACCUGAAAGAGGCAUCAGCCGCGACUGAGUGGGUGGCAGCUCCAACCUCGCAAAUACGUGUACGCGAUGAUGAAGAAGAAGAAGAGGAGGAGGAAAAGGAGGACACAGACAAGGCUGUUCCUGUAAGUUAAUUCCAGAAGUUGAGCUUUACUUUUACUAUCCUGGAGAAGAAACUGUUUAGGACAUGGAACUCAGGGCGAUGACGAAAAGCUUUCACUCCUGGUACAAGCUUUUUAUGCCUCUGUCUCUUCAACUGAGGGGGUUUGAUGUCUGUUUUUUAAAACUCCUGUGAGGAACUCUUGGUUUUUGCUCAUCAAGUCUUUUCAUGUUCAAGUAGUGAUAUCUGAUUAAAAAAAACACUCACCCUGCUGGCUUUAUGCAGUCAAAUGUAUUAUUAACUGUGAAUAUUUUAUGUGUAAACUGUAAAAAAGGCUGUUUCUUUAGCUGCUCAGCUCAUGACUACCCCAUCUGCACCGGUUUCAGACAUUUAAAUUUAUGAUCUUAAAUUCAAAGAUCUUAUUAAUGAUGAUCUUGUAUGCUGCUUAUCAAUGACAUAAAAAAUUAAUAUGAAAUUUCAGUCUUUAAUAUACAAACAAAAAAGCAGAUUUCCAGGAUCAUUGGAGUGAUUUCUCUGUGGUUUUGGGGAGGGUCUAAAACACUCAGAUUUAAAGCUUUGGUCAGUUUGCUCACAGUCCACAUCAUUAAAAUCCUCAAACAGUUUAAGUACAAUAUGUUUCCAGGAUUUCUUAGUUCACAUGUAACUCGGGCUGUUUGUGGUGAAUCACCAAUGUGAUCACUAACGUCUUUGCUUUGUUAGAGUGUCGAUUAGAAAGAAAAGAUUAUGUGCAGGUUCUUUGUACUGUAAAUUAUGUGUCAACCACUUUUCUUCCCAGGUGUCAUUCAUAUUUGUUUGCACGAGUGAACAGAAUGUUAUGAAAUGAUUCCUGUUGUGUCUGAUGAACAGGCAUCCUCCAUCAAACUGCCCUCCUCAGUGUUCGCCUCCGAGUUUGAAGAGGAAGUUGGACUUCUGAAUAAAGCUGCUCCCAUCUCAGGUAAAAGCCAGUCCACACUUACAGAUUUUUAAAACCUUAAUGACAGUGCGAGAGAUGGCAGAUUUAGAAGUUUUGUAGUGUGAGGUGACAGACAAACAACACACUGAUGUAUUCACCAACAACCCAAACUCACACUCUCUGAAAGGGAAAUCUCACAACAUGACUUUAGAGUAAACAAACAUGGCGGACAACUGGCUGAGAGAAUUGACAGCAAUCCACCAAGUGUGUGCUUGACUGUCUUCAUGAUAAUCAGGAUCAAUAUGGGUUGUGACAUAUUCAUGAUUUCAGAUAGAUGUGGACACAACAUCCUCUUGAGCUGAAUAACAAGGCUGUAGGCUUGAUUGAAUUAAAUAAUGCAGCCUGGAGGGUGUAUGUAAUCGAAGAUUUUAUCAUCAGAUUUUUGGUAUUUUUCUCUCAGGACCUCGGCUGGAUAUGGACCCUGAUAUUGUGGCCGCCCUGGACGAAGAUUUUGACUUUGACGAUCCCGACAACAUACUGGAAGACGAUUUUAUCUUCAAAGCAAACAGCGCAAGCAGAGCAGUGGACGUAGGGUGAGUUCAUGUUGUCGUUGCAUUUACACGCUGAAUUGAAUGCAGUUAUUGAAAAAUCCACCUGUAACCCUUUGUCUUAAGGGCCUGUGUCCACUGAACGCAUUUUUAUGUGUGGGUGCUGGCUGGCAGCUCCUGUGACCUCAAUUUCAAUUUCAAUAUUUCUUGUCCAUCAUGUAUUUUGUCUGUGAACUUGUUAGUUCGGUGGGUAACUGUGUGGACUGAUAAUGGUUGGGGUUUGAAUUUUUUAGCUCUGCAGACUUAAACUAACAGAAAAGUCGAUUUUUGGAUGAAAUUCAUUCAUAACUGUCUAUGUCUGUUUAACUUUUGACAGAAGUGGCGAGGAGGAGGAUGAUGACGAUGAUGAUGAGUGGGAAGACACGGAUGAUGAGGGGGAUUUUGACUCUGAGGGCGGGUUUUCAGGUGAUGCAGACGUGGAGAAUGGAGGCCGGGACAGAGACUUCCUCUUUAUGGACGAGGAGACUAAGAGUCGGUUCACUGAGUACUCGAUGACGUCAUCCGUCAUGAGGAGAAACGAGCAGCUCACUCUGCUGGACGACCGCUUUGAAAAGGUGAAACAUCAACACUGUGACUUUUGUACUUUCUGACUCACAAUAAUGAAGCCUUAGUGGUAUUCACCAGACGUUUCUGGAGAGUCUCAGUUUCACUGUAGAUAGUAAGUUACACUGAGGCUUUAUUCAGGCCCACCUCAGUAGUAUGAACCUGGAAAAGAAACAGAUUUUCUCAUCAUUAAGAGGUCAAAGUUUACUGAAAUAACACAUUACAGUAAAAACUAAGGAGUCCAGCUUUCUCAGGCCUGUCUUCAAGAGGAGAAGAAAACAACUUUUAAAGUGUUUGCCUGUAGGAGAGAGGUCGGCGCUAUCAUUUCUGAUGCAUUCAAGGAAGUCAGGAAAUUGAAGUGCUUACUUUCUACCCCCAACUUUGCACUGAAAGUGUCUGAAUCCAGUUUUUGCUCCCCAUCCAGACAGUUUUUCCUGCAGACACGUGACAGGUCUCCAUUUCUCAAACUACAAACAAAAGCGUCCAAAAAGAAAAGUUGCAGUGCAAACUUUUUAAAGUAAAGAUUUUUGUCAGUUUGCAGGUCAUUUUAAGACUGUAUGUGGCUGAAAAUGAAGAGAAGAACAAGUAUCAAACUUAUUUAUUUAUGAAAAUCAUUCUUUUACAAGUGAUAUCCUGUUAAAGUUUUCCCUCCUUGUCGAGUGUUUCAAAUCAGUCAAGACUUUUUUUUUUGUCUUUGGUUUCAGUUUUACGAACAGUUUGACGAUGAUGAGAUCGGCGCUCUGGACAACGCUGAGCUGGAAGGUUUCAUCGAACCGGACAGCGCUCGCCUGGAAGAAAUAAUCAAGGACUACUUCAUCCAGAAAGAGAAAGAGUGAGGGCGUUUCAUCCUUCAUUAUCUUCAUCCCUCUCUUGUUUGGUUGAAAUACAGCAAAUCCUUAUUGACCUGGUGUCAGAUUUUGGUGCAUUUUUGUUAGGGAAUGAGUUUGAACCAACCCUGUUUCUAUGAUGUUGUGUUGUUUUUGGUUUUAGGUCUGUUAGGCCUGAGGAUCUGGGUCCGAAAGAACUCCCCGUCCUAAAAGAAGAGGAAGAUGAAGAGGAGGAAGAGGAGAUGGAGACUGUUGUUAUUGAAGCUCCAGAAGAGAAGUGGGACUGUGAAACCAUCAUCAGUGAGUUCGAUCUCGUGCAUUUCUCUGCUUUAACUCGCCUUCCCAGCCUAAAGGUGCAGCGCUUACUUUAAGACUCUACACUGUCUAUAAGCACUGAUGGACUCGCUGAUUAUUUUUACAUUUUCACGCUAAAAACGUAGAAUGAGGCUCCAUCUCUGUCGACCAACCAGAUUCCCCUUGUUUGUUUGGAGCAGCCAAAGAUCAACAUUUACCAAGAGAGUUAUCUGCCAGUCCCAAAAUGAAAGAAAUAACAGUCCUCUUUACCUGAAGUGGAGAAAAGGGCACAAUUAUUAACACUCCUUACUGACACAUAGGGACACUUGUUCACCAGACAUACUCUGACUGCUGUUGGGUACCAGGAUGAGACCCUCAGACCCACUGCAGACCAUAUGCUGGGCAACAGGUUCCUUCUGGUGAACGAUAAUGCCCGGUCUCAUGUGGCUGGAGUGAGAAAGCAGCUUUACUUCUGGAUGUCCAAAGCGUUGCUGAUGCUUUUGACUGGCCAACAACUCAUCCUGUGAUCUCUUUGACUUUGAGUUAGUCACUUAACUUCAGCUGAACUGAAGGUUAAAACGCAGAAUAAAGAUCUCUUUGCUUUUACUGGAAACAAAUAACUUUUUUAAAGGAGCCAAAGGUUAAGAUUUUACUGUUGUGAUAAAACUUAGCGGGUCAGUGUUUGACUCAUACAGUGAGUAAUAAAAAACAGUUUAAACACUCAGCUAUAAUUUCAGUUUGAUUUGUUACAAAGAGGAGCCUAAAGUGAGACAGUCCUUGUGUUUUACAGAGUUCGUGGUAAAUGCUUUACUUCAGCUUGGAUCAAAGAUAAAAGUCCGACACAUAACAGCCUUUAAAACGGCUGUAAUGUUUUACUUUGGUGAAAGACUAUAUAAAUGUGUUAUUUGUUUGUCGCUUGUUCUUUCCAGGCACAUAUUCCAACAUUUACAACAGACCCAAAAUCAUCAAGGAGCCUCCAAAGGUAGGAAAACACCCUUAGUUUUUCUUUUGCUUUCAGGUCUGAUUCAUCUGGACAGGUUUUAGUGUUUUAUGGUUUGUUUUUAGUUAUUUGUUUCUAUGUUUUUAAAUUAGUUUUUAAAAACAUUGAAACUAUAUUUUACUUUUAAUUCUGCCUUUAUUUUAUCCAUUUUGUUUUUUGAUUGUUUUUUUUAUCUUGUUGUUUUGUCUAGUUAUGUACAGCACUUUGUUCAGCUGUGGUUGUUUUAAAGUGCUUAACUAAUAAAGUUGAGUUGAGUUGAGGUUUACCACCACAGCUGACUCAUCAAAGGCUUUGUGAAUCUGAGAAAACAGGGACAAAUGACAUGCCAUCUUCUUCUUCUUGAAUAUUCCAGAGUUGAGAUAUAAACUGGAAGUGAGCAUGAAACUUUGUAAAACAUUGAGAUGUGCGUUCAUUUGGUGGAUGGAAACUCUGAAGAGUUUGUGGGAGAAUUCGAGGAGAUUUGAAACGGACUCCUUCAGGUUCAUGUUUCUUCCAGACGAAGCCGAUCCGUGUGUCCCAGAAGACGGGAAUCCCUCUCGACGUCCUUCCCACCAAAGGUCUGACUGCCAAACAGUCGGAGCGCAUGACCAGGAUCAACGACUCGGACCUGCCUCGAGUCUCCACCCAGCCCCGGGACAAGGAGGAGAGCAAGGAGGAGAGGAAGGCGAGAAAACAGGCUGUCAAGGAAGAACGCAAGGUGAGGAAAAAUAUAAACUGACAACAACAUACAGAGGAAAUAUAAUUUUUACUGACAUUUUUCAGUUUCUUAAGUGUUUGAGAAUUAGGUUUGUGAUAUUUUAUUAUAAAAUUUAUAUGAUAAAACAGUAAUUCUUUAUUCUUGCAAAAUUUCAACUUUCUUUCAAGCUUAGUCCUUGUUAUGACAGCCCUCAUAAGAACAUUUCUCUCUUGCCGCUAAAACUGUGACUUAUACUGAUUAUGUAACAACUUUAUUCUCACAUUUUUAUGACUUUAUUCUUUCUAUUUCAUUAAUCUUUUCAUGUAAUACGACGCUUCAGAUAUAAAAAAACAGUAAAAACAGCCUUGGAUGUGGCUCCUCUAUCAUUAUUCCCUCAUUUUAUUUGCUGUGUAAUAAUACAGAAUAUUGUGAGCUGUAAGAAAAGAGCUAAAAACUUGGUAAUCCUCUUUAUCAGGACGGUUCACGUGUGUUUUGAUCAUUCCUGAUCGACGGUGACCUGAUAACACCAACAAACAAUCUCACCUGUCAUCACAUUUUGGGUCCAAUCUUCCUAAAUCCUCUUUAAUAAUAAUCAGCUUUUUCUGCCUGAGCCUCGCACACUUCUAACCUGUGACAGGAGAGAGACCAAAACACAAAACCAGCAGUGUUUGUGUAAAUAAACGCUUUUAUUUCUGCUGGUAGGAGCCAAAGAGUUUCUGCUUCUUGUGAUCAGAGAAACCCAUUUAGGCAGCUUUAAUGUAAAGGUGAUUUUUGAAGUUAACUGGUGAUACUGUGCUUUUUUACUCGGACAUAAUCACCAAAAAAAAUUCCUAAAAAUAAGAUUAGUAUUGUGUUCUCAAACCAUGGUACUCCUCUGUAGUUUCUUCUUCAUCACGAACAAACGUAACGUUGUUUGUUUGUGUGCUCAUGGACCAUUCCUCUGCCCCCAAAACUCAUCGGAGCACAAAAUAUGGAUUAAUCUGCUGCUGAAAAUAGUCCAGAUGAAUGCUCUGCUCCCUCCUGGGAUCCCUUUUUUUUUUAAAUUAUUAAUUUAUUUGUAUUUUUAUGUUUCUAUCUCAUUCUUUUACAGAUUUUUUUGUCUUUUAGGAAAUAAGCCAGGAAUAGCAUCAUAUUUGUGUUUAAAAAGGUCUUAAAUUAACACUUGUAGAGAUGUCAGACUGUAAAAAAAACAAAAACAAAUGUGUUAAACAAAUACUAUCAGGCAUGAAGACAUUUUUUUUACCUCUGUGUUUGAACAGGAGAGGAGAUCGGAGAAGAAAGCAAACAAGAAGGCGUUCAAGGAGGAGAAAGCUCGGCAGGAGAAGCAGAUGUUGAACCUGAGGACAAACAUUCAGGGUCUGAAGCUUUAGCAUCUGACAGCCCGCACUGUCUGCACAGACUUCUUAUUGUUGUCAGAUCUCCAUCUGUGGAUGCUGAGAGGACAACAAGAACGACCACAAACAAAAGGACUGAUAGGUCCACAGAGGCAACACAAGAUAAAAUGUAUUCAAUGUAAAUAAAGCCAGAUGUUUGUCUGUGAGAUACCAGAUUAGGUUAUUGUGUUUCAACAGUCUAAAAUCUGGGACUACAGGAGGCUGGGUAUCAUACUGAUUACCUUCUUCACUGAUAUGGACUCACUCUUCCUUCAGGCUCCAUUUAAAGGGAGGGCCCUACCUACUGACAUGUUUCAAGGCUAAUAAAGCAACUUUUCACACCUUUGUCAUUUAAUCUGUGCAUCGAACUUCAAUCAGCCCAUGAGGGAUAGUAGUUUUCCUGUGUUUCAUCAAUGCGCUGUACCAGAUAAAUCAAACAAGAUGGAGUGUUACUGAUAUUUUGAAGAGAUGUCCCAAAGCGACUAAUUUUUGUAGAUUUCUGUUGUAAGAAUAUAAAUAUUUUUCAUCUCUCAAUUAGAAACACUUUUAAUGCAGUCUGAAUUGUGUUUUUAGUUUACUCUUGUUGUAGCGACUGAACACACUUGUAGGACGCCCUUUCAUACAAACAGAAAAACACUCUAGCAGAACAGGCUCUUAAAGCCUGUUCUGCAGGUCGUUCAUAGGUCGUCCGCAGCAGAAAAUAAGAUUAAAUGACGUUUGUCCCGAUGAGGCGUGGCACUGCCUUUUGAGUAAAAGGUAUUUAUCACAUGUAAUCGCAGGCGAGUCUGUUUGCAAGAGGUGAAAGUCCAGAAAAGGCCAUGUCAUAACCAGGAAGAGUAUUAAAGCUCUAAAAUGACUAAA